UGUGUGCGUGUGUGUGCGUGUGUGUGUGUGUGCGCGUGAGUGAGUGAGGAGUGGCCCUCCAAACCUGCGCACCUUCAACACACACACAUACACACACUCACGCACGCUCGCACACACACACACGCGCGCGCGCACACACACACACACACACGCGAACACGCACGCACACGCACACACACACACACACACACACACACACACACACACACACACGUCGACAUCCCAUCCGAACCGAGCCGCAACGCUCUCCCUGGUCACCUGACACCUCAGAAACUUUCUCUAAACUCUCCAGCAGGUUUGUAGAAAUAAUGUGCUCAAUAGGAUCCUAGAGGCUCGUGAUUGGUUGGCGAACGCUGACGUCACACACGUCGCAAACAUGGCGGAAGUAAAAGUGUUUCCUCUGUGCUGUGUGGUACAGAACUACGCGUGGGGUAAAGUGGGUCUGGACAGUGAGGUCGCCCGGCUCGUGCUCGGUGGAGACCCUCAGGCCGUCAUACACCAUGAUGAACCCUAUGCAGAGCUCUGGAUGGGCGCUCAUCCCAAAGGCGACGCUCUCAUCAAAGACAACCGGAUAUCCCAGAGGACACUGGGGCAGUGGAUUGCAGAUUUCCCAGGAAGCCUGGGGUCAAAGGUCAAAGACACAUUCCACGGGCAGCUACCCUUCCUCUUCAAAGUGCUGUCCGUCAACACGGCUCUGUCCAUCCAGGCACAUCCCAACAGAGAGUUGGCGGCCAGACUUCACGCUCAGUUUCCAGAACAUUACCCUGACAGUAACCACAAGCCCGAGAUGGCCGUGGCCCUCACGCAGUUUGAGGGGCUCUGUGGCUUUCGGCCGGUGGAAGAAAUCCUCAACUUUCUCCAAAAUGUGCCAGAGUUCCGUGCACUAGUGAGCGCUGAAGCUGCCGAGGAUCUCCAGAGCUCUCGGGACGACCCCGAGCGCACGACUCACGCGCUGAAGAAGUGUUUCACACGCAUGAUGAACUGCGAGAAGAAACUGUUGGUGGAUCAGCUCAACGUGCUGGUCAAACGCAUCUCUGAGGAAGAGGCGGCAGGCAGAGACUCAUCCAGCAGUAACGGAGAACUGUUGCUACGGUUACAUUCCCAGUAUCCGGGAGAUGUCGGAUGUUUCUCCAUCUACUUUCUCAAUCGUAUGGUGCUGCGGCCGGGCGAGGCCAUGUUUCUGGGCGCCAAUGAGCCUCACGCCUAUCUUUCUGGAGACUGUGUGGAGUGCAUGGCGUGUUCUGAUAACACCGUACGUGCCGGACUGACUCCCAAAUACAUCGAUGUGGACACGCUGUGUGAGAUGCUGAACUAUCGUCCUGCUCCGGCCAGCUGCAAAAUCUUCCCGUGCGUGCAGGACCACUCGGACCCCUGCGUCUACCUGUACGACCCACCCGUGGCCGACUUCACUGUCAUGAGAAUACAGACACCGGCGUCAGUCCAGCAGUACACGGUGAGCGCGCUGGAAUCUGCCGGCAUUCUAUUGGUCGUAGAAGGAGAAGCCGUGGCCUCCUCCGCUGCGGCACUCUCUGACAUCACUCUACAGAGAGGCUCUGUGCUUUUCAUUUCAGCCAAUGAGAGCGUCUCGUUACAGGUGAUGUCAUCGUCGGGCGUGACCAUGUUCCGAGCCUGCUGUUUACUGUAGGACAGAAUCUCAUCUCGACGUGUUGCAGAAUAACUCCAAGCAUGACCAACAUGUUUACUGUUAAAAUGAUUGCCAAAUAAACACUGAAAUAUCAAUAAUGAAGCAGGUGUAAUGACCAUUCUGCCAGGUUGAAAUGUUUCUGCAUGUCAUUUUGAAAUGUAUAAAGCUGUGAGUUCAUGUGGCGGUUUUACCGUAAAGUCAACACGAAGCCAUGAAAACGGUCAGCUCCAGCAGUGUCUGAGAUCUGACUGAUGAUAAUCGCACUCUAGACGUUUUAAAGAAUGGGUUUUGAGAAAGUAAAUAAGGUGCGUUUGUUGUUGAGAGACGCUGCACGGCUGAUGCAUGAGUUCUCUUGGUUUUGCCAUUAGGACUUUUGCACAAUACCAUAAUGAUACACAUCCAGAGGGAGGACAUUUGUAAUUUUACAAUCAAAUCUGGUUGGAAUGAAACUUCCUCUUUUUUAGAUCAGUUUUUCAUACUGUUACUGUUGAAACACCAUGAAGACGGUUGAAGGGUUUAUUGGGUUUGUUCUUAUAAAGCUUGAAGCAGAGCAAACCACUUUUGUGAGAGACGCAAGGUGACCUGUUACCUCAAAAUGUUUCUUCUUUAUUCCUGUAAGUGUCGUUACACUAGCAGUGUGUGAUGAUGAUGAGCACAAAGGAUUCUGGGAAUUCCUCUUUAAACGUGAUUCUGAAUCUUAACGUGUUUAAAAGAGGGAUGGGAGCAUGUACACGUAUGAAGCAUGUGUUUGACUAAUGUCAUGCGAAAUAAACACUUGUGUACUCUUC